AUGUAAUAUUAUUGCUAACUGCAUUCAUUACCAUAUACAUAGGUAUGCUUACAACCUGAUUGUACAAGGAAGGGACCACUCUGUGAUAUGUGCACUGAUACUCAUGUUACACACGUGAUUAAAAAUUUGGAUGCCUAUAUCAAUGAAUAAAUCAAAUACUUAAAUGCUGAAUAUUAGACUAAUAUUUUGUAGAAACUGGAAUCUUUAAAGGCAUUCUUUCAUACUAAAAUAUCUUAACUAUUAAUUGAUGUGAGUUAAAUAGAUGAGAAAAGAAAAAAAGAAUUGGUGAAGUAAUUAAAAUCAGAGAAGAUGAGUAUUUAAUAAUACCAAUCGAAAUUGAUUGAGUUAGUUUAAAGAGAUUAACUUAAAGAUAGAGAAUAUUUAGAAUCAUUUUAUGAACAGAUUACAGAUAUCGAAAAAUAGAUUAAAUAAUCAUUUUCCUAGUUACCUAUUAAAUUAGCAUAACCUCCCUAAACACCUUAGACACCUUCACAAUCUUCGAGUAUCAUCAAUUAUAAAUCGGAAGGGAAAGAAAUAUCCCCAGAAUUAACCAAUCGAUCAAACAGAUCAAAAGAACCUAUUUUCCAAUAAAAAUAGGCAAGUAUUUCCCCAAUAAGAAAACAGCUAUUAUAAAGAGACUUAAUGCCAGUUGGUUCAUUUAAUAAUUCAAAAUUAAAGAACUAUUUCACUGAAUAAGAUUCUCAACAAUCAGCCAGAAGCAAAUAGGAUACAUAAAAUUCUUUCAAAAUUACCAAACCCUUUGAUUUAGAUAAGUCAUCAGAUAAGGCCUAAAAUUAAGAAAGUUAUCAAUCUAAAUAAAAAUCUUAAAAUUCAUCUUUUGAGAUGCAGAGGCCAGUGGAACCUUUUAAAGUUAAUAAUAUGCAGACUCAAUCCAUAGACAUCUUGCCCAAGUCUCCAGGAUCCAAAACAUUCGAUAAGUCUCCAAAAACUAAUCCGUCUUCAUAAUAGCAAAGUGUUUUCAAAUAUUUUUAGCAGGAGCAAACAAAUUAAUCUGGGUAUUUUGCCAAUUAGAUGCCUUUAGCUUAGAAUGAUAACAAAGGAUUCUUAAAAGAUAACAUAUUUUAUUUUUCAAAUGCUUCAUAAAAGGAUGAGAAAUAAUAGUAAUAAUAGUAGAAUACUGAAUAUAUUCCUGCUACAAGUGAGAUUCUUAAUUAAUAUUCAGAAAACUAAAUAAAUGAAGAAAAUAACUAGAAAAAUCAAUAUUCUAUUUUUAAAGAUAAUUAAUAACCUUAUGAGUAGCAUUUCUCAAUUUCAAAUCAACUUCUGUUUGAACCUACCGAUUAAUAUGUAAUUUAAUAAUAGCCCAGCAUCAAAUAGUCCUCAUCAUCAUCAUCAAAUUUAUAAGGCUAAUAAGUUAAGGACAAUAAAUCACAAUUAGAUUUAUCAUACAUUAGUUCUAAGUAAAUGCAAUUAACAUAUUAGGUCUAUUGGCCCACCUCAAGUCAAACUAACUCCAAACUUACUUAAUCCUUUAUCCAUAGAAUAUGACUAGACACUCAAAGGUCAUGAUAAAAGUGUAAAGGAUCUAGCCUUGAUGGAUGCUGAUAAGAUUAUCACAUGUUCCAAAGAUACCACUAUUAAAAUAUGGGACAAGUAAUAUGAAUCUACAAUAAUAGACGGUCAAGACAAUUGAAAACGACUCUUAAGGAACAUAAGGAUCAAGUUCUGUGCGUUGCAUUUUCAAAGAAAAGAAUUAUUGCUAGUGGAUCAGUUGAUAAAACAGUUCGUAUUUGGAAACCUAAUCCAGUUUGGAAAUAAGUCUAUGUUUGUGAAGGACACGCUGAUAGAAUCAGAUGUUUGGAAUUCGUUGGAAAUUACAUAGCAUCAGGAUCAGAUGACACUUAUGUAAAGUUUUGGGAUUUUGAUGGUUAACUAUAGCAUUCCCUAAAAACCAAUGCAAGAGUAAGUGCAUUAGCAGCUGAAAGACACAAUCUAGUUAUAGCAAGCGGGAAGAAUAUAAUCUUAUAUGAUACUCAGACUAAUAAUAAGAUAUUUGAGGUGAGUGGUCAUAAGAACAUAAUUUUAUGUCUAGCCUUGUCUAGCAAUAAUUCUUAAAAUAAUGGAAUUUUGAUUAGUGGGUCUAAGGAUAAUUGCAUAAAAAUAUGGCAAUAUCCGAAACUCUAAGAACUAAGGAAUCUAGAAGAGGAUUAUCCAAUCCAUUCGAUUAGUUUUGAUCCUGAUUCGUAAUACUUAUUUGCUGGAUUGAUGGGUUUUGAGUAGGAGGGGAAAAUAUCGGUGUGGAAGUUGGACACUUAACCUUAAAAAGUUUAGGAAAUAUCAAUGAAUCCUUAUGGAUGCAACAAAGUUAUUUCGGAUGGGAAGUAAUUAUAUAGUGCUCAUGAAAACAAGAGGAUUGAAUUCUAUACUAUUAAUUGA